UUCGUAUCGAUGCUCGCUUUUGUACUAGCGUCCUGAUUCCCGUAAUGGAAACAGAAAGGAGUGACAAGUUGUUGCAAGAAAAAGCAAGAAAGCAACUGGCAAAAGAUCUUAAGCCGAUUGAAAAGCUCAGAUACCAGUGUCUUUUACGUGGUGCAUCCGGGAUAGCUGGUAUAGGAAGACAAUUUCGAAUUAUUGAUGAUGACGGAAACAAAAAGCUUGAUUUCAAGGAAUUUUCAAAGGGGUGCAAAGACUUCGGUGUGGAUCUGUCCAAAGAUGAAAUUAAAGAGAUUUUUGAUGAAAUCGACGCAGAUCAGAGUGGAUUUAUUGAUUUCGAUGAGUUUCUUAUGUCUUUAAGACCUCCUAUGAGCAAAUGUAGGCUUGACGUACUGAACAAAGCAUUUCUGAAAAUGGAUAAGACGAAAGAUGGUGCAAUAACUAUUGAAGAUUUAAAAGGCGUGUAUAAUGUAAAAAACCAUCCAAAGUUUAUAAAUGGAGAAAAAACUGAAGAUGAAAUUUUAGUUGAAUUUUUAAAAACAUUUCAACCACAAAACAAUGCUGAUGAAGUUGUAAGCAGUUUUAAGCAUAUGAUUUUAUUUUUCUAUGAACAUGAAUAUUUUUUACAUUCACUCAUUUUUUUCAAAUCUUACGAUAUUGUUUUCUGACCACAAUAUGAACAGAAAUCCUGAAUAUUUUUCGUCAGUAAUUUUCCUACUCAUUUUAAUUUCAUUUGUCACUAUUGCUAUAAUUUUGAAUCCUUUCCUUAAUGCUCAAAACACUACAGUUGCUUUGAUCUUACAUUUACAGAUGUAACGUUUGAAGUCAGAAAAAAUGCAUAGGUUCAGUUAAACAUUAAGUUAUCUCAAAAUAGCGAUCAGAAAUAUGAUGCAAAAAGCUAUUUGGUGAAAUAUGUUUUGCUUUAAAUAUAAAAAUGGAGUACUUGUGGCAGGCGCAUUUCGGAUUUUUAGAUUUGAGGCACUUUAAAAUUGUGCCAUUACAUACUACAAUUGUCAUCACAAAUGCAUAACAAUAAUAGCUCCUCAACUUUGACAUUUGAUCGGAUCAUAUCAUAUAAUUCAGUAUAAAUAAUCUAUUCUUUAAAGUAGUAAUUUAAAACUUAAAAAACGAGUUUGUACGGGGACAACGUGAAAUUUAUCAUUGUUUUAAUUCUACCUACCAUAAAAAUGGACAUAUUUUGGUAAAGAAUUGGUUUGGAAAAAAUAAUAUAUCCGUUUUAAACAUUUACUGGAUAUCCGAAUGCAGAAAUGAAUAAUUGUUUCUCAUUACUUGCCAACAUUUUGAGAAUGUAUAUAUGUUCAACUUUGUCGAAUGCUGAACUCAGAAUAAUAGCUAUUUCUCGGUGGUUGUGAUUUACUUAACAUUUUUACUUAACACAAUUUACGUAAUUGUUAACCAUUAAUAUUUUAAAGGUAAGCGCCUUUCUUCUAUAUUAAUUGUGAUGAAGCAAGACAAAAAAACGCUAACUUUAAAUGUUUCAGGUGACAAGAGAAGAAUUUUUCAAUUAUUACACUGGUAUCAGCGCAUCAAUUGACAAUGAUGCUUAUUUCGACUUAAUGAUACGACAAGCCUAUAAAAUUUAAACUGGACAAAGUUUGUUUACUCAGUGUAUCUAUUUAUAUACAUGUAUAUAUGUAUACAUAUGACUUAUUUUAGGCAAUUUUUUAGUUUGUUGUGUGUAAAAAUUAAAACGUAACAUGUAUUGCCUACUACAUACCAUGCACAUGUUGAUGAUGAUUUUAUCCUAUAUAUAUAACCUUUAUACAGUAGGAGAUUAUUGGCAAACUAUAGUCAAGCCACAGCUCAAUAGAUGAGUGAAUGAAUUUGCGUUCAACAGGUUAGAAGCUCAAGUCUCACCUCAUCCGCCAGACGGUAAUGCAAGCGACCAGAAAUUGUAAAUACUUUAUAACCCAGUAAACCAUUAUACACUAGGAUCUUAAAUUAAUAUGUACGUAUAUAUGUAUGCGAAAAUUCCUUAGCAAGUCAAUGAGUGUUUCAUAUUUAUAUUAUUACGAACGGGAUAUUUAUCGUUUUUACAAAAGUAGGAUUAAACAGAAAUUAUAAAAAUUAAUUUUUUAAUAAAAUGAAUUCUAAGCUCUUGCAAUAUUACUUCAAUUUCGCUCGAAACGGGACAGAGUUUGAACUAAUUAUGAUUUAGGCUAAAAUCAGUAGCCUGUUUCUUAUAAUUGUUUACGUAACUUGUAACGAAAAGAUUAAAUAAGAGGAAGAUGUGCAAAACAUAGAGCAUUGUUUAGGAGGACCUGAAAAAGCAGAUGUAGAACUUUGUUUUAUCAAAGUACACAAUGUAGUCUUUACUUCAGAAUGAUUGUAGAAAGACAGAAUAAUAAAAUUAAUGAGAGAAAUAAUAUUGAAACACUUGAAGGAAUUAGUUUAAGAACAAGAUGCUCAACACUUUGAAAGCAUAGUAAAUUCCUUGUAUAUUUUAAGAAGAAAUUACUUAUCAUUUUCAAUCAUAUGGUUUCAUUAUUUCAAAGACUAUAAAGUUCGAAUAGAUUGUUUUUUUAUUGGUAUAUCUGUGAGGGCUGUUCAAUAUAAAGUUAGUUUUCAUCACUGACUAAUAUCAGGUGUAAGAUCACUGAAAAUUCAUGAAUACUUUGCGGGUGUCUUGUAUAGUAAUCAGUGAUUUUCAAUUUGUCUUUAGUUGGUGUCAUUUGUGCAACGAAAACAGCUUUAAAAAUUGAUAAUUAUAAUUACUAUUAUGAUAACUAUAUAUCUAUGCAUUGAUGGGUGAAUUGAAUGCUUUAUAUGUGGAUAUAUAUUUGUUGUUCAUUUAUAACCUGAGUUUAAUUUUGUGUUGCCUAGAUUUCGCUUUUAAGUAACAUCAAUAAUUGCAAAUACACUAUGGCAUUAACCUUUAUCAUAUUAGCUUCAUAUACCCUUUUUUCCAGUGUAUAAUCAGUCUAUGAUCUACUGACAAACAGAUUUUUCAUGCCCAUGUAUUUUUCCCUGUAAACAUGCCUCAUACCUGGCAUAGAAGAGUCAAAACCUGAAAGAGCUAUUAGAGCUUAGCGUAACCAUAAAACAGUCGAUAGUAUAUCUUAGAAACUGGUGAAGCUUGUAAUCGAUUAUGAAAGCGUUCACUCAGAUAUAGUUUGGCAGUGAUAUUUAAACAACUGUGAGUUGAUUAAUUGAAAAAUUAUCUCAAUCUCAGACCAGGUAAUUGAAAUAAUGAACUAAGAGGUUCUAUUGGGCUUUAACUACCUUCUGGUUUGAGACUAUUCCCAAACAACCUGAGUGGGAUAAAAAACAUAGGCGCCCUCAAACUGUUAAGAAAGAUGAAAAGAACAGUUAAUAUAAGGGAAGGAAGAGUAGACUCACUUCCUACUUACUUGCGCCUGUUACCCCUCGUGGAGCAACAUAGGCCGCACACCAGCAUUCUCCAUCCAACUCUGUCCUGGAAAAUCCUUUCCAGUUCUUUUGAGUUACUAUUCAUCCAUUGCAUGUCUGCUUCCGAUUCCCGUCGUAGUGUAUUCUCUGGCCUUCCUCAUUUCUGUUUCCACUCACGAUUCCAAGUUAGCGUUUGCCCGUGAUGUAGUUUGGUGAUUUCCGUAAUUUGUGUGCUACCCACCUUCAGUAUCUAUUACUAAUUCUCUCUUCAUUUGGAAGAUGGUUUGUUCUCUCCCACAGUAGGCUGUUGCUGAUGGUAUCCGGCUAAUGGAUGUUGAGUAUCUUGCAUAGACAAGCGCUUAUAAAUAUUUGUACCUUUUUGGUGAUGGAUGUGGUAGUUCUCAAAUUUUCUUUGUUCAUCGAUGAUGCUACCCAGAUACAUUAAGGUUUUCACCUCUUCCAGAGUUUCUCCACCAAAUAUGACUGGCUUAGUCUUCUUCGUGUUGUAUUCGAGGAUCUUACUUCUUCCUUUGUAUAUGUUGAGGUCUACUGAUUCAGAGGCUGCUGCUACAAUAGUUGUCCUUAUCUGCAUUUGUUCAUGUUUAUGGGAUAGAAGGGCCAGAUCAUCUGAGUAGUAGAAAUCUUCUAAUUGAUUCCGAGCCGUCUAUUGUAUAUUGUCAGGUCCUACUGCUUUCCCACUCUUGAUUUGUGUGAUGGCCAUCCUGAUUUCUUCCGUCAUUGAUGGAGUGAUAUCUAUAGGAAUUUUCGUGCUUGCUGAUUCGCUGUCCGGUGGAUUUAAUGCAGCCAGUCUGUUCAAGAGUUCAUCUAAGUGUUGUUGAGUGAGUUAGAAGCAGGUUGAAAGAGAGUUAUGGAUGCGUGGGCCAAGACAUGAGAUUGGUUGUUUUGGUUGAUACAUCGUGCGGUAAACGCGAUCAGUGGUUUGGUACGUUAUACAACAUAGAUUUCUCUUUUUGUGUGCCUCUAGAUUCUGGGUUUUGAGAUAAUUUUAUUGCUUGAAAUGAUUCUUUCUUCAUAAUGUCUAAUUGUUUUUAAUAUCCCUGAAACUGCUACUGUAUUGCGAUGCAUUUGAUUAAUUUGAUAUCCUUUUUGUAAUUUAGUAUGACAGCUUGGUUUGAUUUACAUUUGUGUUAGAUUCUAAUGAAUACAGAUUUUAUCCAUAAUUGUUAACUCUCUUCCAAUUUUUUUCUUUGAAAUUAGAUAACUCGUGAAGAAUUUUUCAAUUACUAUUCUGGUCUCAGUGCAUCUGUUGACAAUGACGCUUAUUUUGAUUUAAUGAUUCGAUGCUCUUUUAAAUUAUAAAUAACAAGUGUUAAUUAGUAAGUAAUUAGUAAGUAGGUAAGUAAAAAUGAACGGAUCAGUGCGAAACAGGCUAACAACAGAAAAGGAAAAUGCUUUAGUUUUUCGGUUUUGGUUAAACUAUUUUUCAUAUGUGUGUAUAGUAAAAAAAAUUUAUAGUUUUAGUUAUUUUCUUUUCCUUUCGAAAAAGAUUCAAUAGAAAUCGUCUUUCCUGUUUAUUAUUAUUAUUAUUAUUAUUA